AUGUCGGCACCCAUUCAAGAAGAACUGAGGGAUCUUGUCAGUACUGAGAGGGACAAGGAAUAUGUGAGGAUUGUUCAGAGGAUUACCUGCAGUGAGCAGUAUCGUGGCAGAAUAUCUCAACAAGAUAUAACUAGAGCCAUUCAGUAUCUUAACAAUCUCCCAGGAGGCAUUGAAAGACACAGGGAAGGAAUCAAACUAUUUGGGGCUGUUCAGCACAUUCUGCUGAUGAGAGACAAAGGUCGCCAGAAUGUGAAUGGCAUGCCUGUUGAAUAUUCAAUGGAGGAGCUUCAACAAAUCUUGGUGGAGGGAAUUGGAUAUCCAGUGGAGGAUGUGAGAAGAAUAGUAGAAGAGUGUGUUUAUAAAAGAGGUUUUCAUCCUUCACCAGAAGAAUUUGAAGAAGUGCACAGUACCAUGAAAGUGAAAAUGGAAAAUGAAAUUAGUGCCAAAGAUACACAGCUACAAGAGAAUGCUGAAGAAAUACAACGAAAAGACAUCCAGCUCGAAGAAAAAAUCCAGAUUAUUCAGGAUAAGGACAGAAUGUUAGGGGAACAAGAGAGAGAGAAAAAUAGGUUGUUAGGGGAACAAGAGAGAGAGAAAAAUAGGUUGUUAGGGGAACAAGAGAGAGAGAAAAAUAGGUUGUUAGAGAAAAAGGAGAGAGACAUGAGAUUUGAAAUGUUUAAAAUAAUGCUUGCAUUUGUAUUUGUACAUUGUAUUGUAUUGUUCAGUCUAUUAAGAAUCGGGUUGUUAUAAAUUUAUAGCAUUAUACUACAAGGGAAUUCAAUUUGUGAUACCAGAGCGCCAGGGAACAAAACGUAUCAAACCUUUUCUAGGUAUACUGUAGUUACAGGGGUACUAUAAACUGUAGAUUCCGUAAUUUACACGAGUAGUAGAUGUCAAAUUGCAAGAACCUGAAUUUGCAAAUGGACUGUUGAUCAAGAGUUUUUGCAUUUAUUUCAGCAAUAUGAAAAUAAAUCCGAGUAAUUUUAUUUUGCAAAUGGUGCUUCUUGCUAAAUUACUCGAUAAUAAAUUACUCGUGCAUAUCAAAAAUUUUACAUUAGCCUUUUCAUCAAUGAAUCUCCAUCUGUGUGAGGACUUCUAAAGCAGAAGUUAAAAACAGAAAAAUGACAGGAAAAUGUCCAAAUGGAUAGAGAGAGAGAGAAAAUAUGGAGUGCCAAAUUAACAUAAACUCAAAUAAUUGAAGAUAUCUUCAAUUAUUUAAAGAUAUCAUCAAUUCAUUUGAUGCGCGCAACAAUUUAAUUAAAGAUCUCUUCAAAUAAUUAAUGAUAUCUUCAAUUCUGAAUUAUUGCGCGCAUUAAAUGA